AUGGGAGGCUCGCAAAGCACUCGCAAGCUUAGUGUGGACAAUGAAAAUGCUAUUCAAGUGUCCCAAGAAGCAUUAGACCGAAUACAGUCACAACUGUCCGCCAAAACAGCUGAGCAGGUACCCUCACCACCACCACAAUAUGCUCCUUCGCCUCCAAUGUAUGACCCGCAAAAGCGGCAAGAAGCAGCUGCUGAGGAAGCAUAUUGGGCACGCCGAAUUGAAAAUUUAAAAAGAGCUCAUGAAAAAAUCAAUAGUGGAAUGGUUGUGGAAUAUGAAAAGACAUUAAAAGAAGCGAAUGAAUUAUUUGAAUUGGUUAAAGCAGAUAAAAUUGUAAAUAAACUUCCUCCGUGUGAGCAAGAGAAAGCAAAGGUUCUUGAAUGCUACAGUGAAAAUCCAAAUAAAUCCUUAUUGUGUUCAGUGCUAGUGAAUGAAUUUAAUGACUGUGUUUGCAAGAGCAGAAUUGCAGCAGUAUCAGCAAGGUCUUGA